AUAUAAAUAUAUAUAAAUGUGGAUGAUAAAAAAGUACCAAAGCAACUGAGAAAAACUAAUUACAGUAAACACUGACUGAGCAGCCAAUCAGAUCACUGACUCCUCCCCCUCACCCCUCCCAGGCUGCAGAACGCUGCGUGCAGUUGGUGACCGUGGAAGAGGAGGAGGAGCUAAGGAGCGAGAUCGACUCAGCCAAUCAGGAGGCUUCGUGUUCACAUUCAUGACGUGCUGCGGGCUUUCUCAGGGACAUUAUAAACCGAUCAGACUGACUCCGCCCCCCCUUCUCGCGCGGUGAAUCGCGAGGCUCGCCUGGCUCUAAGCCUUCCCCCUUUUCAUCCAGGCUCCACCCCCUGCAAGCCCAGAUCUCGGGUGUGGGCGGAGCUGAGAGGCGUCCUUGGCUCCUUUAGCUCCACCCGCUCGCUCUGCGUGACCUCCGACCCGGCGGAGGAGGACAGAGGACACAGAGGAGAUGACGCAGGGGACGUCAGCGGGAGGAGGAACUCCUUUAAUAAGAAACAAGGACGCCACUGAACUCACCGACCUAAUUCCUGUUACACCAAAGAGGAAGAACGGUGGCGGACGGGAAAGUCAACGUCUUACCGCCGGUGCGACUCGGCCGACGCUGCGUUCAGGGCCUCACAGGAGCUUUCACAAAACACAUUAAACUCAGUGGUUUCUCUCCUUUUGCAGUUUGUGGUCCAAACAUUCAUAAAGUAUUGACUUUAUUGAGAACAUCAUUGACUUUCAUAAUGUCUCCACCAUUCUCAGAGAUAAUAAUAAUACAUUUUAUUUAUCAGGCACUCUUCAUCAGCAGAUCUUAGAGUGCGACAGAGAUAAACAUAGUUAAAGCCAGUAAAAACAAGAUAAGUCUCAUUUCAUUUAUCAAAGUUCUAUUUGUGUAUUAAUGUACAUUUUAUAGCAUAACAACAACGAUUCAGAUCUGAUUCACAGAAGAUAGAAUGAAACUGUCAUAGAUCAUAAGAUAAAAGAUAUUAAAUGUAUCAAGUUCUUGGUAAGUAGCCGAAUGUCUGAGGUUUUUUGUUUGUCGAUCAAACUAAUCCACAAUUAUUAAAUCAAGAGAAGAACGGAGGAGGAGAACACAGAAAAUCCAACUGAAGGAGAAACCAACAGAUAGAACAGAUGUUCCUGCUGAUAUUGAAAAAUACUUUUAUUUAAACUCUUGCUCUUCAGUUUGAUUGCAAGGAUCAUUUAAAAUGAAUUAUUGCAGGUUAAAGUAUUUUUCUUUCUAAUGUGAACAAAAAAGUCAGAAUGUCCUCAAAACUUCAGUUUAUUAGAGAAGCCAGAGGACUCAUUCAUGAUUACUUAGAUACCCAAACACAAAGAGGCAAACCGCCUCCAGGUCUAUCAAGUUUAACUCCUCUGCUCCAUAGACGUCUCAGUAAACGUCAGUCUCUACUUUCCAGUCUUCUUCAAUACAGAUGAUGGUCAUUCAGUAAAUAAUGGACCAUUUGUGUUGUUUACAUCUUUUUGUGGUUGUACUGAAUCUCGGUUUUUACCUCUUUUCCACCAAGGCAGGACUGGUGCUGGUCGGGGGCCAGAGCCUAGUUUCAAACAGGUUCUUUGGUUCUCCACCACCAAAGCACCAGCUCCCAGUAGCAGCAUCUCACUGCUGGUCUGGAUGUGAGAAGCGCUUACGUCAGCGGCUGGGGGCGGGGUUACCGUGACCAACAAGGCGAGAGAAACUUCUGAUCCGCCAUUUUUCAUACCGUACAUACCGUUACUCUGGCUUUUGAUCUCCGUCUGUACGAAUAAAGGCGAACACGUUUGAUCCGCCGUGUGUGGAUGUCGACGUCGGUCCGCAAAGCCAUGAACAUCAGUAGCAAAGCAACGUCCGCCAUUGUUGAUGAUGUGUUUGUGUUCGGCGCCGCCGCGCUAACGUUGCUGGGAACGAUGAGACGUACUUCUUUGGAGGCUCGUCAGAUGAACCAACUCCGAACCAGCUCCUGGUUCUUGGUGUUUGUGGUCAUUUUUUCUCUCUGUUGUUGUUUUGUGCCUUUUCCCCGCUGACCCCGGCGGUAAAGCCUCUUGGCUCGGCCUCCCGGUGGCAGAACCCUCGCUAGCGAGCGGCCUGAUCUCAUUAUGGAGUUAUUUCAGGUCUCUGCAGGACCUAAGAGGGUUAGGAGAUCCUGAGCUUUGCUCUCAACCUGCAGAGUCACUGGCGUCAGCCGCCUCUGUGAACUUCUCCCCUCUUUCACUGGCGUUUCCUCGUCUCUAUUAAAGGACUUUGGACCUUCCCUUUCGUAGAUAUUCUUCAAACCUCCAUCAAAAGAGCUCAGCUGGUUCCAUCUCCUUAACCAACCGCUCUCCGUGGAGGUGAGAGUUCCUCGUCCUCCCUUCUUGUGUUCCUCAGAACAGCGAUGGGGAACCACGGGUCCAAUCUGGACGACAUCCUGGCCGAGGACAUGCACCACUGGUACAACAAGUUCAUGCGGGAGUCCCCGUCGGGCCUCAUCACGCUGUUCGAGCUGAAGGCCAUCCUGGGCCUGAAGGGCAUGACGGAGGACGCCAACAGCUACGUAGACCAGGUCUUCCUCACCUUCGACAUGGACGGGGACGGGUACAUCGACUUCGUGGAAUACAUCGCCGCCAUCAGCCUGAUGCUGAAAGGGGAAAUCAACCAGAAACUGAAGUGGUACUUCAAACUGUUUGACCAGGAUGGCAACGGCAAGAUCGACAAGGAGGAGCUGGAGACCAUCUUUACGGCCAUCCAGGACAUUACACGGAACAGAGACACCGACCCCGAGGACAUCGUGUCCAUCAUAUUUGAGAAGAUCGACGUGAAGGGAGAAGGUGAGCUGACCCUGGAAGAGUUCAUCGAGGGGGCCAAAGACCACGAGGACAUCAUGGACAUGCUGAAGAGCCUCAUGGACCUGACGCCAGUGCUGGUCAUCAUUGUGGAGGGCCGGACGGGGUGAGGUGCAGCAGGCCUGCCCCCCCUCCGCCCCCCCACUUCCUCCCCGUCAAAAUAAGAGACCCGACAGACUUGUUGAGGACACCUGUGACGAGACUGAAGUAAAACGGAGUCCAAGAACAAACUAUUUCCGGACAAAGAAUCUUUUGAAGAAGUCUGAUGAAAAAAGAAAAUCCACCAUCACAAAUCUUUUGUUCUUCGAAAAAAUGUUAAAAAUCCUCAGAACUAUAUUUUUGAUUCCAGUUUCCAGAGAGGGCACAAAAGAGGGGGAGGAGCUUCAACACGUCGCCCGUAGAGGGGGUCCCGAGGUCCAUCGGAAACCUGCUGAUCUUAUUCAGAACUUUGCCAAUUUAGGAAGUGGUUUUCAUGGAUGGCAUUCGGACCGGCGUCCUCCGGCGUCCUCGGGGGUCCUCUGGCGUCCUCCGGGGUCCUCCGGGGUCCUCGGGGGUCCUCUG